CCCCAUUGGAAAGCCUUCCAUCUCAUCGAUCGAACUGUGUAGAAGGGAAGUGGAAAAAGUUCGAACGGGUAGCAAAACAAAAACCAAACACCAAACCAUGUGUUACUAAACCAAGGGAUUACGUAGUAGUGCAAAACCGGUUUUUUGGUGGCAGGGAGGAGACGUGACUCAAUUCCACCCACCCCCGGGUGCAUUAGAGGAAACGGUGCGCGCACUCUGAGCCUUCCCUUGUUUGCUGUGGGGAGUCCCGCAUCGCGACGCGACUCCAAUCCAGCGGGUUUAUUAUCAUCUGCGCAAGUGGCAACAGACCGCUCCAGACCGGGGACAGUGAGAGAAAGAGAGAGAGAGAGAGAGAGAGAGAGAGUAGUGGCCCGCGGGCACGUAGCAACUUUCCGCCCAGCCCUUGCGGGUCUGUGGUGGCGCGCUAAACGCCAGUCGAUGCGCGAUCGUGAAACACGCCGGACCGCGGGACUUUGCGUUGAUCAGCGUGCGGCAGGCAGCGCAUGUUCGGUAACAGUACGCAAGCGAGCGCGCGCGCGCGCGUAACGGUUGUGCCUGUAACGGGGGCCCGCGUGUUCAUUUACUGUGAAGUGUGAUAGAGAGUGCGGUGCAAUUUCUUCCAAUCACAGCCGGGGGUCUAGGUGUGUUUUGAUACGGAUUGUUUAUUUUUGUGUUGUUGCUGGUUUACACCGUCUGUGACCGCUGUUCCGGUGUGAAAAUUUGGCCUUGGACCUCACCCUUAGGCCGCUGCCUCUACUCUCUGCUGCCCUUGCCCCUUACUCGCUUGCUGCAUUGUGUGCAGCGUACGGAACAGCAACGGUACACAGUGUGAGCGGUUCUUCCCGCGGAGAAAGCGACGUGCGCCGGGCGGCGGCGGCGGUAAAGAAAUCCACACAAAAGACGACCGCUAAUUGGGCAAACAUAUAGGUCGAUGUCGGUGAAGCCCCUGCCCAGUCCCUGCGCUCCUCCUCGUCAUCAUACAUGUCCACCCUUUCCCAGCGAGCGAGCGACACAGCGAAGAUGGCAGACCCAGAUGAGGGCGGUGGACUUGCGCUGGCAACGGCACGCACCACAAAGCUACCGCCGCCCCACCCACUGCCCGCCAUUCCCGAAGUGCCGAAAGCAGGCUCCGGGGGCGGACGAGAGCAGCUGCGCCACUGCUUCGUGCCGGCGGACGAGAACGGGUGCCUUGGGUUGCACCUGAGCCGCACACCUUGGGACCCGUACCCGUGGGUGAGCGGUGUGGUGGACGGUUCCGGGGCGGAUCUGGCCGGCGUCCGCACCGGUGACUGCGUGCUGGAAGCGAACGGCGAGGAUCUGCUCGGUCUGAAGGUGAUCGACAUUGCAAGGCGGGUGCGCAGCCGGCGCAGUUCCCGCUCCGCACCGGCCGGCGUUGGUCUGUUGCUGUGGAAUUCGGGCUUUGAGAAGAAUAACCUAAAUCCACAGUCACUGUCCCGGUUUGCCAACUGUUUGCAGGGCAUUGCCGGGCUGCUGGAGUGUCCGAUCUGUUUGGAAGUGAUUAGACCACCGUCCUGGCAGUGCAACCAUGGCCAUCUGAUCUGCUCCGGCUGUCGGUCGCGCACGACCAAGUGUCCGAUCUGUCGGGAGGUGCUUGGUCGCGGCCGGUGCAUUGUGGCGGACAAGCUGUUUCACUAUUUGGUGCAAACGCUCGGACAUGAAGCUGACCAGCAGACAGCGUUGGACCCUAAAUCACAGGACACAACACACAAGCAGCAGCAGCAGCAGCAACACCAUCCCCAUCAUUGGUCUGCAAACAACUCGGGACGCCUUCCACUGGUACAGCGGGAGUACUACCAACACCGCCCGACUCAGCACACCAUCCCCACGCACGCAUUCAAAUUGAAAGCAAACAACGCCCCGGAUGGUGGUGUCCCGGCAACGGCAUCAUUACUGGCCGGGUCCCGGGUGACCACACCGCACAGGACACCGACAACGACGACGACGAGGACCGCCCUGUAUCACUGCCCAUCCGGUCAGCCCUGUGCGCGGAUGAAAAAUCAACAUGACAUCCUGAUGCACCUGCAAAAGGCACACCAGACGAGCGUCGUCCAGUACUACGUCACCGCGGACGACACGGUGGACGUGACGGUGGCCGAUGCCGGGCACUCCUCCGCGCUGGCCUGCGUGGUCGUCGUACCACCAGCACCGUCCGCCGCCAGGGGCAAUCAGUUGUUCUUUGUGGCACGGUUCCGCUGCCCGGAGGAGCCGAACGAAACGCUCUGCUGGCUGUGGCAUUUGGGUGCCGAACCAGCGACAGGCCAGUUUCGGGUGCAGCUGUCGCCCGUUACCGGGGACGAGCCGACGAAGCCGUGGCAGGGACGACCGGUUACGCUCGAGUGGAGCCGACAGGAGAUUUUGAAAAGCAAGCGAUUCGUUCGCACAAAACUAGCUUCCCUUCCCCAGCGGAUGCGCGUUCGGGUGCUGCUCGAUGCGGCGGGUGAAGCCGUCGAUGCGUAAGGGCGAUUCCGUUCUAAGAAGACUCGCCUGAUCCGUGCUACAGGAAGGUGUUGAUGACAGUGUAACAAGGAGGUUACCUUUUCCCUCCGUGUUGGGCGUGCAGUACACAUGACAGUUGCAAUGCAUUCGAUGGGGGAAAAAGUGAAAAAGAGAGUGCAAUGUCUUAAAGCGAGUUGUUUUUUUUUGUAGUUUUAAAUAGGGAACGUCACAAACAGGCGGCAAUAAACUGUUCAAUGAAUAAUUCA